AAGUGCCAGUGCGUCAGAAGCCGUGGCCGCGCGCUCAUCGUUCUAUUAUCCACACAUCCCCCUGGCACACAAGCUUCUCGGAAGCGAAAGCCAGCGAAAGAGCAGGAGAGAGCAAGGGAGCUGGGCCAGCUGGCACAGAAAGCGGAACAAGCCACCGAUUGAUUUUUCUCAUUGGGCAGGCAUUGGGAACACAAAAACAGAGGAAACCAACGACGCAGGGCAAGGCGAUUCCCUGCAGCAUUUCCAUAUGGAAAUGAAAAUGGAGGAGGCCCAGGACUCCAAGGACCCUUCCCCGACGACCAAAGGCCAGCUGCCAGCUGGAGCUGUUCGUGUCGAGGACGAGGAGGAGGAAGUCGAGGAAGUGGAGGAAGUCGAGGUCGAGCAGGAGCAGCAGGAGCUGCUUAGCGAGCGCUGGUCGCCGUUGGGAGCCAACUACGAUGACGCGAAUAGCGCCAGUUCUGGCGUGGAUUGCGAACUAGAACAGGGACUGGAAAAGUCAGAGACGCGACGUGGAAGCACUGGGAGCGAACUGGCUCGUCUGCGAAGCAUCGAGGAGGAGCAGGAGCUUCUAACCAGUUCCCUGCUGGCUUUGACCUCCCACUUUGCUCACGUCCAACUACGAGUUCGCCAAAUUGUUGAGGCGCCAGCGGAGGAGCGGGAUCAACUUCUGCGCGACCUCGAGGACUUCGCCUUCCAAGGAAUUCCAGAGGCAGUCCAGUCCCAGGAAUCCCAAUCCGACAAGCCCGUUAUCGAGGGCGAAAAGGAGCAUGGUCCCGAUAGCCAGCUCAUCGAACAACUGAAGUCCCAGCUGACUGAGCUGGAACAAAUAGCCUACGAGGCUGGAGAGCCCGGCAUCCUGCCGCAGCACGUAUUGCUCGAGAAGCAAAAGUUCAUCCUGGACGAGCUGCGCUCCAAGCUCAAUCUGCAGGUGGAGCAGCAUGAACUGCCGGCUCUCAGCACGGAACAACUGCGCCACCAGGUCGACAAUGCCAUCGGCGAGUUUGUGGGCCCUCUGAAGAUGAAGGAGCAGCUGGUGGCCCAACUGAAGACGCAGAUAACUGACUUGGAGCGCUUCAUUGCAUUCCUCCAGUGCGACGCCGUCGAGGGAUCCGUCGGCGAUCGAUUGAAGCUUCUAUCCGGAGCAUACAACAGCUAUGCGGCGAAGCAGACUGCAAGGAGUUCCCAGGCAACUCACGUUGCCCCAAACGCUCCCGCCACGAUGGCUUCUGCCCAGCACUCCUCUGGAUUGGGUUCCCACUCUUCCGGCGAGAGCUUGCACAGCAAGGCACAUGGCCUGCUGGACAAGGCUUCGGUCCUCAUGCAAAUGUUCGCCAGCACGCAUCUGGUGAAGCCACGAAGUCACGACGAGUUCCAGCAGAACUCGCUGAAGAAGACGCACAAGGGCAACCACUGGGGGGAUCUGCGGGCACAACUUGAGGUGGACAUCCAGGAAGUAGCCGCACUGGCCGCCACUUUGAGCUGCGAUCGCGAGAAGUUGGCCAACAUCAAGAGGGCUUUGCGCCAACAGCAACAACAGGCGGAGUCAACCUCUUCCUCCGACACUGGUAAUCCGGUUAUCAACUCCCAAAACGGAGCACUGACCCUGCCACCUCGUUGCCGGCGGGCAGUGCCAACUGGUCACGAACUGGCUCCAUAUGCCUCUGGCGGCGCCAUAUCCUCCGACUCCGACGAGGACAUAAGCUACUCCAACUUUGAGUGGGAAAAGGAGAGCAAGAGCCGGCGGACGACGCACACACGCGGUGACUCCAUUGCCACAAUUGGCAGGGAACUGACCACGGUGGUGCGGAAGAACUUUGCCCGCACGUUGCAGCAGCUUAUACAGCAUGGACUUCGCAUCCCAGCGGAAUCGGCUGCCUCCAGUUUGAUGGUGCCCUUCAUGAGGUGCCUGCAUCCCGGACCUCCGGUGAUCCCGCCCGCAGCCGGAGGAGAUUCGCAGUUCCUCGGCUUGGGCAGGGCCAUGCACGCCUGGGAACUAGUACUGGCCUACUACAGGCUGAAGCACGGCGAGGAGUACAACAACACGCCAGCCAGAAAGUUGUCGCAGAGCUUCCAGCUGGACAUCGUGGACGCGCAGGCUGUGACCGCCAAGCAAAGUUUGCUCAGCGCCGUCGGGAUGAUUCUAACCAUGCAUCGUCCUUACAAACGGAGCAACAACGCCCACUUCAAGGCCUUCGUCUGUGCCGGACUCAACUCCCACUUGCUGGUGGAGUGGCUGAACUUGAUCCUCAGCUGCCAUGAACUGGUGGACACGUACUACUCGCCAGACAGCUACGUGGCCCGCACGGGAUUCCGGGACUCGCUGCGCUCCAUCGAUGCUCUUUCUCGAUUCGACUUCGACCUGCCGGUGGACCUGGCCAUCCGGCACUUCCGCAACAUCUAAAGGCGGCUGACUUGUACAUUUUUUGGCGUAGACUAGAUCACACUAUUCAAUGUCCAACGUAUUCUCUCUCUCACUUAUGUAUAAACUCGUGUAUAUAACCUUAGAUAUGUCCCAUUAAAUCAAUUGCUAAUCCUAA